AUUUGUAGAUUUGCUUACAUCAUAACCCACUUACAGUUCCUAAGUCCACACUUCUAGUGUAUUGUAUUUUUGGUUGCAUUCCUACCAUUUUUUGACUUUUGGGUUUACUUUGUAUCUUUUAUUGAUGCUGUCCUCUUUAUCAUCCUACAUGAAUUUUUAAAGAGCACAAGUGGUACUGCAAUUCCAUGUAUAGCAUUGAUUAUCAAAGUGGUGAACUGUUAACAGGCCAUGAGUUUCUUCUGUAAAGCACCACAUGAUAUCUCUUGAUGUGGAAAGUUUGAUGCUUAUCUGUUCUCCUGUGGAAAAGUUCCAACAUUGUAAUCCAUGAUGCUUCCUUGGUCUGAGAUUUUCUUUUUCUCAUUUCCUGUUCUGUGAAUUGUGUCCAUGGACCCCCACUUGACUUGCUGCUAUAAAUGUAAGAGAGAAAACACUUCUAGGAGAAAUCUUGAACUUUUCAUUUUACAGACAUGGAAAAUCAGGUAUCUCAACAAAACCUGGCAGCCACUAAUAAUCCCUUUCUGCCUGGAGGUGCCGGUGAUGGUAGCUUUGGUUCUAAAAUCCACGGUGAGGAUAAAAAGCUGAGAUUAUUCGGCUUUGAGGUGGAUCUGUAUGCCAAGGGUGCAGAACUUCAGGGAGGAUCUGAACUAGAUGAGACUGCGAAUUCCCCAGACGUGGCUUUAUCAAAGAUGGAGAAGAGUGUUGAGAAGCCGGAGCACAAGAAGUAUGAGUGUCAGUUCUGUCUGAAGGAGUUUGCCAAUUCACAGGCGUUGGGGGGUCACCAGAAUGCCCAUAAGAAGGAGAGGCUAGAGAAGAAAAGAUUGCAGCUUCAGGGAAGGAAAGGUAGCCUCAAAUUUUAUUUUCAACCCCUUCGAAGUGAUGUUGGUUUCAUUUACCAUGAAUCUCCUUGGUUCUAUGAUUCUGUUUCGUCCUCCAUACCCGAGUUCAUGCUGUAUAAGGAGCCUCAUAUUAGCUUUGAUGAGCCCCAAGCCUCUGGCUCAACUCUCUCACAACCGAUCCCAACAAGACACCCGUUUGCAAAGCCUGAGACAGAAGUAUAAUGGGUGAGAGAGCAAACCAACCCAUCUUCUUCAUCAAACCGUCUCAGGGCUCUCACCAUUCAACCAGACAUCUAUCUGCAGUUCCUUUAUAAAUGGG